AUGAAUCAUUCGUUUGAUACCCCUCAACGAGGUAAUAGUAUUCAUCAAUCAUUUGCCAAUCCCAAUACAACAAAUACAACCCGAUCGACAAUAAAUAUUGUUGAAAGUCCCGACAACCGAGGAUCAAUAAUAGCUACAACUGAACCAUCAUCACCGCCGCCACCACCUCCCAAAAAUUCCGGUUCAAGUCCUAGACGAAAAUUUAAUCCAUUUGGUCAUUCUCGUUCUCAUUCGCAUACUUCUAAUAACGGAAAAAGGUUGUUUUAUCCAGUACAUCAUGACGGAAGGUAUCAUAAUAUAAAUGACCAAUUCCCACCAAUAUCAUCUGUCUCACAACCAAUGCAUCCAUCUUCACCAGUACCUACUUCACCUACACCUAUACCCGCAGCUGCACCUGCACCCACAACCAGUAGCAAACCCAAGAGAGAACAAUCCUUAAGAUACUAUAUACCUCGAGAUACCCCACCACAAACCCCACAUAUGAAUCAACUUCCGAAACCUGUGGGGAAACUGCCACAACCAAAUUGGACAAACUUGAUACCACCACUACCGGGGAAACCACAACCAUCAUACAAUUCACAUGAUACUUUCCAACAACAGAAACAAAAUAAACUAAUCGAUACUGACGAUUUCAAUUUUGGUACUGAACCUAUAAUAUCAACACCAGAACCGUCGUCAAGGCAACACCCCGAACCAUUGUCCAAUCAAUCCAACUUUAAUAAUAACAAUUAUAGUAAUCAUAGAACAUCGACAAGAUCAGGACUAGACCCUUCUCAGAGACAUUCAAUUGCUGUUUCACCAACUCCAGAAAAACAAAAUUCAGCAACUCAAUCGACCGACACUAUCAAUACCAGUUCAAUUCGCCCCGCACCUUCAGUAUCAGGAUCAUCAUCUUCAUUGCUACAUAAACAACAACUUCAGGAACCAUCUUCACCUUCUAAACUGGAAAGAAAACCAGGUCGGAAGAAAAGUCGCAAAGUUUGUGCCAAAUGUGGAUUGGAAAUUACCAGCCAGUUUGUUCGAGCUUUGAAUAAUGCAUAUCACGUUGAUUGUUUUACUUGUCAUGAAUGUGGCAAACAGUGUUCCGCAAAAUUUUUCCCAUAUGAAAUCACUAAUGAACAAGACAGCACCAAAACCCAGGUAGCAUUAUGUGAGUAUGAUUAUUUCAAGAAAUUAGAUCUCAUUUGUUAUGUUUGUAACUCAGCUUUAAGAGGACCAUAUAUCACUGCAUUGGGUAACAAAUAUCAUUUAGAACACUUCAGAUGUAAUGUUUGUCAACGUGUAUUUGAGUCCGACGAGAGUUAUUAUGAACACGACAACAACAUAUAUUGUCAUUUCCAUUAUUCAAAACUCUAUGCAAGCCAUUGUGAAGGAUGUCAAUCGUCUAUUGUCAAACAAUUUGUUGAAUUGUUUAGAGGUGGCCGAAAUCAACACUGGCACCCAGAAUGUUAUAUGGUACACAAAUUUUGGAAUGUUUGCAUAACCCCAGAUUCAGUUGGUCUUCAAAAAUUGUUUGAUUUACCUGAUGAUGUUCUAAAUGGAUUAAAGUUAAUGAGAGAUGAUAACGAAAGUCACAUUACAGUUGAUUCCGCCAUGCUCAUGUCUAUUGAACAACAAAUUGAACAAGUAGUGUUGAAAUGUUGGGUCACUCUUUCUGGUUAUGAAGAGAUAACUGCCAAAUGUAUAUCGGACAUGUUAUUAUGUGCUUGUACUGGUAACAAAUUUAAUGGUAUAGUAGUAACGGGGAAAUUGGUUUUAAAUGUUGAAGUUUUGUUUAAUGCCUUGGAUUAUGUAAUUCUUAUGUGCAAAAGUUCGCAUGAGUUGUUGCAUAAAAAAUUUGGUACUCCUCCUAAUCAAGAUGACCUGGAGUCCUCAAGUACAGAAGAAGAGUAUUUUCAAAUGUUGAAAAAAGAGCCAAGAAAUAUUACCGGUAAAAUUAUGAGUUAUCUUGCCAUAUUGAGGAAAUCCGACCAUAUAGCCAAAUCAGGAAGUCUUUCAGCUGAACUACUUUCAGUGAUUACAGGAUGUGCUCAUUAUUUGAAAUUAUUAAUUCGAAUUGGAUUAUACAAUGCGUUGAAAUUAAACAAAUUGUACGGGACCACUAAUGCCAUAGAGAAGUUUUUACAAUUGACUUCAGAGCACGAAGCCAUUAGUUUAUUAGCUGGCGAUAGCAAGACUCAAUUGAGUUUGAUUAAUUCCAAAUUGACGAUUCCAGCAAGUUCAACAGAUGCAUGUAGUUCCUGUGCCAAGAGUAUUGAAAAAUCAUGUCUUAAAUUAGAUAAUAAUCGUUGGCAUAUUAGAUGUUUUGUUUGUUCCUUGUGUAAGAGAACUAUCCCCCCAAUAGAAGCUAGUGAAACCAAAUUUGAUGUAAUUCAUCAAUCGAUUGUUUGUCGAAAAUGUCCAUGUGAGCAAUUUGAUACAGGGUUCCAUUUAGUGUCUGAUUUAUCACAAUUGAUAUACUUGUUGAAAAUAGCAUUGUUUAGAUCACGUUCUGUCAUGAAAGUAGAUUUGACAAAGAUUCCAAGAAGUUAUAUUUCUGACUCACAAUCAGACACUGAUGAUGUUGAUGUUGCUCAAGAUAAUUAUUCACAAACAUUAAAUGACGUGACAAGUUUAAGAAGCAAACGACAAAGUCAAAAAUUAUCUAAAUCGAUCAAGAAGAAAGCUAGAAAAUCCAUUAUUGUUGAAGCACCAGAAGCCGACAAGGCGAGAAAAGAAGAUAUCAAAACACAUCCUUUGGGUAUGAAAAGUGGUGUGGCAGCCAAUGACGCAUUAAAGUCUGGUGGUAUAAAUGAUGAAAGCACUAUUGCUGAAGAGUUGAAUGAUUUGAGUUUUGAUAGUCAAACGUCAAGGCAGCAAGGAACAAGAAAAACAAGUAGUGCAUCACAGCUAUCAUAUAAUCCUGGUGGCGAUGAAAGCCUUUCGGUAACCCGCAAGUCACUUAAAAUCCGAGACGAGCCUCAAAGACAAACUACACAUACGCAUCUUGAUCGAACAUCUGAUUUGUUAAAGAAUGAGAAAUCAUUAACUUUGGAUGACAUCCCAAGAAUUGUUGCUGCGGAACAAGCAAGAGAACAACGACCAAAUGCUUUCAAACACCAUAAUAGUUUGUAUCAACGUCAAACCGCCCCUCAUCGACUCAAAGCUUCUGGCCAUACUUCUACUGUUAUUACCCCUACUGGUGUAUUAGAUAAUAUUUUAAACACUUCCCAACCACAUCCUGAAGAACCAGUUGUCAGAAAGCAAAAGUACUAUUCAGAGUUAACCAAGGAUGAACACUUUAUUAUUCGCCAUAUUGCCGUGGAAGCUCUUAGUCACAUAAGCAAAAGCUAUUCCAAUAAAGAGGAAUUAUUAUCAUUGAUCCAAACAAAGAAACAACCUACAUUUUGGGACAAGUUCAAGUUUGGAGGUGGCGAUGGCAAAAAGGAUAAAGCCAUGGCAGUAUUUGGAGUUGAGUUGCAAUCUUUGACGAAAAAAUAUGGUAUUGAUUCUGAUUUAGGUGUAGGUCCUUCGAAAUUGAGAAUUCCUAUAGUUGUUGACGAUAUUAUUGCUGCAUUAAGACAGAAGGAUAUGUCAGUUGAAGGUAUUUUCCGUUUAAAUGGUAAUAUCAAAAGACUUCGAGAACUAACUGAACAAAUCAAUAAGAACCCCUUGAAAUCACCCGAUUUUAGUGUUCAGAAUGCUGUUCAAUUAGCAGCAUUGAUGAAGAAAUGGUUACGAGAACUACCCAAUCCAUUGUUAACAUUUGGUCUUUACGAUAUGUGGGUUUCGUCCCAACGACAAGUGAAUCCAGUUUUGCGUAAACGAGUUCUACAAUUGACAUAUUGUAUGUUACCUAGAAGUCAUCGAAAUUUGGUUGAAGUAUUGCUUUACUUUUUCAGUUGGGUUGCCUCUUUUUCAGAAAUUGAUGAAGAAACUGGUUCCAAGAUGGAUAUCCAUAAUUUGGCAACUGUUAUCGCACCUAACAUAUUGAUUUCAAAGCAAUCAUCAAACUCAUCAUCAGGGAACUCUUCUAAUUCUGGUACCAACAAUUCGGAUUCUCAACAAUCAUCAGGAGAUAACUAUUUUCUUGCCAUUGAAGUUGUUAAUCAAUUGAUUGAACAACAUGAAGAGUUUAGUAUUAUACCACUGGAUAUACUUGAAUUUUAUGAAAAAUGUGGGUUUGACAAAUUUGAUUCCACCAAAAAAGAAAUUACAACUAGAGAUGUAAUGAUGAAGAUUGAUAAAGAAUUGAAGGAAACACCUGAUUAUUUUGAUAAUUUUGAAUUGAAAAACCCCGCAGGUUUAACUAGCCAAGAAGUUAAACGGAAUUCUGUUUCUCGAAUUGAAUCAAAAAUUCAAAAUAAAGAGUUGAAUGGUAUUAGUGAGAGAUAA